AUGGGAAAUAAUUGUUCCUAUUGUGAAAAUUUCACAAACGAAUCAAAAUUAGAAUUUUAAUCAGCAAACCAAAACUAUAUAGAUUUUUAUAAAAAUACUCAAAAUAAUUAAAACAUAAGCAAAAGCCCUCAAGAUUAAUCCCAAUAAAGUUACUAAAAAUACGAUAAUAACUCAGAAAAUCAAAAAAGUAUUCUAAAGCAUUAUUAUUUUUCAAAAGAAGACGCCGAAGAAAUAAUCCAUAAAAUCCCCUACUAUUCUGCUUUUCGUUAAAAAUACCCUCCUUAUAAAUUUAAAUCAGGUGUGAUAUACGAAGGCUAAUGGCUUUACGGAAAAAGAGACGGAUACGGUGUCUAAAUAUGGCCCGAUGGUGCUAAAUAUGAAGGUGAAUGGGUUAAAAACAAGGCAAAUGGCAAAGGAAAAUUCAGGCAUGUGGACGGUGAUAUAUUCGAAGGUGAAUGGAAAGAAGAUUAAGCAAACGGUUUUGGUAUAUAUUUACACAUAAACGGUGCAAAAUAUGAAGGAUAAUGGAAAAGCGAUCUCCAAUAUGGAUAUGGAGUAGAAUCUUGGAUAGAUGGUUCCAAAUAUGAAGGAUUUUAUAUAGAAGGUAAAAAGUGUGGUUAGGGUUAAUAUACUUGGCCUGAUUAAUCUAAAUAUAAAGGUGAUUGGAAAGAUAAUAAAAUAAAUGGAUAUGGCAUUUAUACAUGGCUAGAUGGAAGAAAAUAUGAAGGAGAAUGGAUAGAAAAUAAAAUGCAUGGUAAAGGUGUAUAUACAUGGAAAGAUGGAAGAAAGUACGAAGGCUAAUAUAUGUAUGAUAAAAAACAUGGAUAUGGCGUUUAUUAAUGGGCAGAUGGAAGAAGAUAUGAAGGAAUGUGGGAAAAUGGAAAAUAACAUGGGAAAGGAUACUAUAUUUAACAGAAUGGGGAAGUUAAAUGUGGCAUUUGGUAAAAAGGAAACAGAAUCGAAUGGUUGUAAUAAAAUGAUUUAGAACAAAACAUGAAUUAAGAAAUGUAAUAAAUAUUAAAAAUAAUAUGUAAAAAUUAAUUUGUUAAAUAAAAGUAAAGAAAGUUAAUAUACAAUUAAUAACAAAAGUAAUAUUAGUAAAAAUAAUAAUUUAUAGUAUUAAAAUAAUUAAUAAGAAAAAAAUUAUUAUAGUGA